GCUUAAUUCGCACACCAACAUUAUUAAUACUAUACGGUACUUAUUAAUUAAUUAGUUCGGAGAUGGAACAGCAAUGCAAAAGUUGGAGUAGCGCCGACGUGACCUAUACCAAGACACAUCUAAUGCUAACCUAGACGGGGCAAGCAUGAUCUCAGCACUUUACCCAUAUCCAGGGUCUAUUACAGUACAAACGAAGGAUUCUCAAUUUAGACGGAGCCAGACUCGAUAGUGGGAACAGAUAUUCCCACUAAACCCGGAGAUCCCACUGACCCGGAGAUCCCACUGACUCGGAGACCACACAUCGACCGUAUUGUUAUUAAGCAAUUUCUGGCCUUCAGCGGGUCUUAGCAAAAUAUAAAUUGGGGAGAGCAGUACUGGAGGUUUUGGUGAUCUUCCGGCACACUCUACCAUUUAGAAUCUUCAAAACAGUACUACUGGUUUCCUUUAAUCAUGGCUCCUACUAUCCUUAUUAUCGGUGCAACGGGUAACACUGGCCGAAGUGUUACUGAAACUCUGCCAAAGUUGCUUAAGACUAGAACCGCUCUGUCCGGUCACCGAGUCAUCGGCCUCACGCGUUCUUUGGAUAGCCCGGUAGCCAAACAGCUUGCAAAACUGCCUGGCGUUGAGAUGGUAGAGCGAAACUGGGUUGAAAUCACCGCUGACUGGCUCCGCGAACACGAGAUCGUCAGGGCAUUUAUUGCAUCACACAACCAACCAAAUCAAUUCGCCGAAGAAUCAUCAUUCCAUCUGGCCGCCCUCAGAGCUGGCGUCAAGUACGUCGUGCGGAUAUCGACUACUGCUGCAAAUGUUCGCCCAGAUUGUGAUGCGUACUAUACGCGCACGCAUUGGGCAAUCGAAGCUCUGCUGAGCUCUCCAGAAUUCAACGACUUACAUUGGACUUCGCUCCAGCCCAAUGUCUUUUCACCGCUCUACCUCUCUGCCGCCGCAGAAUUCAUCAAACAGUACCGCAAGACUGGAAAGCAGGAUACUCUGAGGUUAAUGGCGUCAAAAGAUGCUCCUGUCGGCAUUAUUGACCCUGAUGAAGUUGGAGUCCUUGCAGCUCAUCUGUUGUCCCAAGACGAUCCUACUGUGCACAACAAAGCCAAAUAUGUUCUGAAUGGGCCAGAAGACAUCACCGGGAACCAGGUCGUCAACAUGAUCGAGCAGCACACCGGCACCAAAGUUAAGGAUGUCAUCUACAAAGACAUGUCACUCGUUGACAUACUUUAUGAGCACAAGUUCGCGGCAACUCAGGAAUCCAAGAAUGUUGUCUUGUCCAUCAAACGCGCCCCGGAGGCAGCGUGGGAAGGAAGGUGCACGUCUUCUACAACUAGCAAGGAAGUAUUGGAGCUUGCCGCACCGAAGCGUACACCAGCCGAUGUGUUACGGACCUUAUUGGAGGAGUAGUGGUGAACUGAUA